GAACCGCGCGGCUGCUGCCGCUGUUUCCGGCGGAACCGCGGGGGACGGCACCGCGGCGGGGCCGUGGAGCAUGGCGGGGCUGCGGGGCGCCCGCCGGCUGCGGGCUGGAAGCCGGUACAUCUCCACACCAGCUUUCACUCAGCUGACACCUGGUGAGGUGGUUCGGAUGCGUAAUGAGCUCUUUACCAAAGAAAAAGAGAGACAAUUGUCUCUUCACCCACGAAUUGAGAAAAUUGAAGUGAAAUACACUGGGAAGUUGUCUCCUGGCAGUGUGUUUGUCAUGAACAAGGCUCUGUCUACACCAUACAGCUGUGCCAUGCAUUUAAGUGAAUGGCAUUGCAAGAACUCUGUUCUGGCUUUUGUGGAUGGUGAAGUCUGGGACAUGUACAGACCCCUGACCAAAUCAUGUGAAAUUCAGUUCCUUACCUUCAAAGAUGAAGAUCCAGAAGAAGUAAACAAGGCAUAUUGGCGUUCCUGUGCCAUGAUCAUGGCAUGUGUGCUAAAGCGAGCUUUCAAGGAUGAAUACUCAGUCAACUUAGUUAAAGCUCCAGAAGUGCCAGUGAUCUCUGGAGCUUUCUGUUAUGAUGUAGUUUUGGACAAUAAACUGAAUGACUGGAAACCAACAAACGACAACUUCUGUUCUCUUACAAGGGAUGCCAAAAAGCUAAUUUAUCAAGACCUGCCCUUUGAAACACUGCAUGUUGAAGCAAAAGUAGCACGUGAAAUGUUUCGUCAUAAUAGAUACAAAAUGGAGAUGAUAGAAAGAAAAGCUUCUCAGAACACGGAAGGAAUUGUACCAUUACAUAGGUUUGGUGACUUUGUAGAUGUUAGUGAAGGUCCUCAUAUUCCAAGGACAAGUUUCUGUUUCCAGUAUGAGAUAACAGCAGCCCAUAAUCUUCAGACUGAUCAGUCCGAAUUGAUAAGGAGAUUCCAGGGUGUGUCCUUGCCAGUCCAUCUGAAGGCUCACCACACUGUGUGGCACAAACUGCUGGAAAGAUCAAAGAGGCUGGUCACUGAAGAAGAAUAUUUGGAAGCAGCAGCACAGUGUCUUGAGGCAAAAGAUGGAACUGAAGAAGAAAAAACUAUCAAUUUAAGUUGAACCUCUAAAUGUACAUAAUAAAAUGUUUACAUGACUCGUUUGUGCCUCAUACAAAAA